GCCCAAUUCGGUUCUAUCUGACUCAGAACCAAUCGGCAAUCUGACCGGUUUUCAGUUGAAUCGGUUGAACCAACCGGUUUGGUUCUUAAAACACCGAUCUAAACAUAAGGUACACGUGGGCAACAACAGUACUGCGGCGACCCAAACGCCUCGGAAGCACUUUUGCACGCCACGCUCGUAACCUUAAGCUCUGAAGGACACGCCGCCGGAGGUAGCUGGUGGAUUGGCUCCGUUUCUGGAGUUACAAUCGCAUUUGCCAAGAACAACCAGUACCCAAAUCUAAUUAAUUACAUUUUGCUCCCUCCAAUAUGCAAGCAUUGGGGUUUUCAGUUUCAGUCCCAUAUUGCAAUCCCAGAUUCUCAAUCAAUCCCUCCUCUACCAUUGGCUUCGAUUUGAGUUGUGGAUUUUCUAAACCAAUCAGAGAUAGAAUACCUUGCUGGAAGAGUAGUAGCUAUGUCGUUCGUGCUCAAAAGAAUGACGAUGAUGGGUUUUACAUGAGAAAAAGUGUUGAACUUGCAAGAAAGGGUUUAGGGUAUACAAGCCCUAAUCCAUUAGUUGGAUGUGUUAUUGUCAAAAAUGGUGAAGUGGUUGGUCAAGGUUUCCAUCCUAAACCUGGCCAACCUCAUGCUGAGGUGUUUGCUCUGAGAGAUGCUGGUGAUUUAGCCGAGAAUGCGACAGCUUAUGUCAGCUUGGAGCCUUGUAAUCAUUUUGGGAGGACUCCGCCAUGUACUGAGGCUCUCAUUAAAGCCAAUGUUAAAAAGGUUGUUGUUGGGAUGGUGGAUCCAAAUCCCAUUGUGGCAUCCAAAGGGGUAGAUAGAUUAAGAGGUGCCGGAAUUGAAGUUGUCGUUGGCGUCGAGGAAGAACUGUGCAAGAGCAUCAAUGAGGCCUAUAUUCAUCACAUGUUGACUGGGAAGCCACUGCUUACUUUGAGGUACUCUCUUUCUGUCAACGGGAACUUGUUGGACUCACUUGGGAAUGGAGUUACAGACUCUGGUGGAUACUAUUCUAGGCUAUUACAAGAAUAUGAUGCAGUUAUACUGUCUUCUUCCUUAUUCCGUGAAAGUUUGUCUGCUGACUUGGUACCUUCAUCUCAAGAAUCUGGAGCCAAUCAACCUAUUCAGAUUAUUAUGCAUAAAGAUCAUGGUUUUUCAAAUCAAAUUCCAUUAGUCAUCAAUGAAGUUACUGGUAAAAUGAUAAUCUUUACAGAUUGUAGAACAGCAACAGCUCCAGAAGAGGCUCAACAAGGAAUUGAAAUUGUAUCUUUGGAUCAAAUAAAUCUGGAUGUGAUCUUGGAUUAUUGUAAUCGUCAAGGAUUGUGCAGUGUUCUGUUAGAUAUGAGAGGGAAUUUGAAUGAAUAUGAAGAGCUUGUUAAAGAGGGUAUUGAGAAGAAAUAUAUUAAUAAAUUUGUGACAGAAAUUUUGCCAGUUUGGAAUGGAUGUAAUCAGAAUGAUCCUCUAUUGCCAUUAAAGAACUUAGAUCACAGAGUAAAAGUGGCAAAUUUACGCUCCGUGGCAUCGGCUCAAAGUGUCAUAAUUGAAGGAUAUCUGAAUUUUGAAUAAUUGGAUUCACAGAUGCCCAGGACUCCCAUCUGCCAGUUCUUUUUGUGCUACGUUUUUCAAGGGCAGUAUGCGUUCAUGUAGACUAAAACUUAAAGGCAGUUUUCGCAUUUUGCCCGGUGGAAACUCAGAGUGUUUAUGCUAUGAGCGACUAUCUUUUACUUGCAUUUAUUUGGGACCACAUAUUUAUGAGCUGGAAUUUGUUGCUUGUAUGCCACAUGUUUCAUGUGGAUUCUAAACUGUGGAUGUGAGCAAUUUGAUUUGAUCGGGAUUCUGGAUAGUUUGUAUGACAGAUUCACAAAUAGCAAAGAAAACAGCACAUAAUUUAAGCUUCCCUUUUCAUCUGCAUCUUUUAUCUGUUUAGUUUGUGAUGCUAGAUCUCCAUUUGAAAGGACUCCCAAGUACAACACAGACAUAGGGACCUCAAAAGAACAAUCUAUUAAGGUGAAUUACCUCAUCAAUAAGCAAACACGCAGAUACCCUUUUGCCCGAGCUUCAGUGUCUGCGGUCUAAAGGUGCUUCAACCUUCCAACUUGUUUGCAUUGUCACUGUCAACCCCAAAUUCUUACUUAGAGCUUAGAAAAUUGUUUAAUCAUUAAUUGUCAUUUUAUAAAAAUGAUACUUUGAUCUGAUGAAAGAACCGUUGUAAGCUGUUA